AUGGCCACUUGUGGUUACAAAGUUGUGUCACGCUGCGAGAAGCUCCUUCUGCAAGCACGCAUCCUUGAAACAAAGGCAACCAUAAAACGGUUGGAAAACGAGGUUUUCUUUAGCCAACGCACGCUUGAGCGCGUCGCCCCCACAGAAUUCCACGAGAUUGUACUCCACUCCAAUGGAACUGCAGCUGCGACUCGCCACGAACGAGAAAAGUGCCAGGAAAAGAAGUUUGUGUCUUUGCUGGACAAAUAUCAGCCCCCGGACAACCAAGCUGGUGUUUGCAACUUGUCGUCACACCACCUUGAUGCUGCUGAGCUUCAUCUACUAAGUCGCGGCCUAAACUUCAACACUGGUACCACGCCGAGUAUGCGGAAGAUGGUGUGUUCGGUUGAAGAGGCCGUACGCCAAGUCGAGCCUGCUCUACAAAGUGAAGCGCGCACCCGCGCUAUUGGGGCGCUUUCAAAGCUUCGCAAUGCUAGGACCUCAAGCAUGAGCCUCCUCGACAAAGAAGCCAUGAAAAGACUACAGAAUAACAAAUCCAUUGUUAUUUUGCCUGCAGAUAAGGGGAAUGCGACGGUUGUUAUGAACCGUGAUGACUACGUUUCUAAAAUGACGGAGCAUCUCCAGGACGAAACUACGUAUUCGAAGAUCGACCGGGAUCCUACAAGAAAGAUUGAGUCAGAACUUCAGAAGCUGCUGACUGACGUCUUCAAGUUUGUGCCGCCCGAAAAGAAGCAUCUGUAUAACAGGCUGUUGUGCCACACCGGUUCGGCUCCUGCAAUAUACGGCCUGCCCAAGGUUCACAAACCCAACGUCCCGCUGCGGCCGAUUGUAGACUAUACGCGCUCCCCGUUGCACAGUCUUUCUGGCUAUCUUCAUGAUGUGCUCCGCCCCCUCGUAGGACGAACGUCGACGUACGUAAAGGACUCCGUUGACUUUGUUGACAAGAUCCGGAACGUGACCUUAGACAGCGAGGAAAUCAUGGUAUCUUUUGACGUCAAGUCUAUGUUCACACGCAUACCAGUAGACUAUGCUGUUGACUGCUGCAGAUCAGCAUUGAAGAACGACGACUCGCUGCCUGCGCGCACCCCGUUGGAGGCCGACGAUGUGUGCCGUCUUUUGGAUUUCUGCCUGCGCAACACAUAUUUUUCGUUUAAUGGUUCCUUCUACAAGCAAGUGUUCGGAACGGCAAUGGGAGCGUCGGUGUCAGUGUCUUGUGCCAAUAUCGCAUUGGAAGCCCUUGAGGAGGAAGCCCUCGCAACAGUCCAGCCUGCACCGAAAUUGUUCCUGCGACAGUCCAGCUGGCGGUGUGAAAGGCAGAAGCAGGUGAGGGAGAAGGAGGGUUUAGCUAUUGUUGUGAGCGGACACCACUGUCAGCAGCUGUGGAGAAACUUCUAUGGCACGUGUGUGCUCGGAAUUCACAACUGCUACCUCGCACGAUCGGAGGACGUACGAGAGGUGCUGUGGAACACGUCUGCACACAACGUCAGACUUUCACUAUGGCUUUAA